UGGCGUUUUCAGCAUGAGUUUAAAGAAAUUGUGGCUUGGUUGAGUGAUAAUUUAUAUUUGGCAAUUUCGCCGUCAUUUAUUCGAAAACAUAUUUAAUUAUUGGACAUUGUGUGUUGUGUUUACCUUUGAGUGUUUUUCUUGGUCGUUACACCACACGGUCAAGGUAGUAAAGAAAAGAAAAAACAUGAGUAAUUACGAAGACGAUCAAAGCGAGGAUGGAGAGCUAGCUCGCAGUCCUGUCCAAGAUGAAAUGGAUUUUAGUUUAUCUGAUGAAGAUCGAGACAAUGCUGACUCUUUGAUAAUCAAGCCGCCUCAGGCCGUGAUUCGAACAGCACAUAGAGAUAAGAGAGGACAUAAACGGACUGUCAAAGAUAGAUACAAAGACAAUAUGAGAAAAGAAAAAAAGCAUAUGUACAGGGAACGUGAUAAGUCUGACAAAACAAAACGAGACAUUAAUAAGAAUCCGGAACGUGAAGAUAUGGCCAAAGAAUAUUAUAGAGAAAAGCAAUACUACAGGGAAAAAGAAAUGUAUAGAGAGGGCAAGGAAACAUUUAGGGACAAGGAAUCCUACCGAGAUAAAGAAACUUACAGAGAAAAGGAAAUGUACAGAGAUGGCAAAGAUAAUAAUAUGUACAGGGAUAAUAAAGACAUAAGAGAAAAAGAUAUGUACCGUGAGAGAGAGAUGAGGGAAAAAGAAGUUUAUAGAGAUAAAGAUCAAUACAGAGAAAGAGAACAUUACCGAGAGAGAGAAAUGUAUAGAGAUCCAUCUUUCAGAGAACCAGCUAGGUCUAGGGAGGCCUACAGAGAGAAGGAAAUGCUAUACAAAGAGAAAGAAAUGUAUAACAAAGAAAAAGAAAUGCAAAGAGAUGUGUAUCUUGGUCGUGAAAGACAAUAUAAAUAUGCUGAAGCAGAGAGAAAGCGCUCUGAUAAUGAGAGAAUAGAAUCUAGAUUAAGGUCAUUAGCUGAAGAAGGCCAUACUAAUCAUAACAAUGAAAAGGAAAACAGAGAUAGAACAUCUGGAGAUAAAGAACUGGAAGACCUUAGAACUAGAUUACUUAACAAAAGGAUAACCAAAGAGUUACAAGGUCAAGAUGGAGGCAAGAAGAGUUCAGACUAUUAUGAAAAGGAUGGGAAAUCAUCUCGUCACUCAUCAUUGGACAAACACCAAGAACAUAGGAAGAAUAAAGUUUUAUUUGCAGGACACCAAUUUGUUUCAGAUAAAGAAAGAGAAAAGCGGAAACAUGAAUCCCGGACUGAGUUGGAGGCUCGAAGACUUGAGCACCGCCGCCGUGGCAAAAAACGCUCUGUAUCUCCCAGUGAGACGGCGACAAAGAAAACUAAAACAGACUCACCUAACUAUGGUGACUCUGUUGUCACCGUAUCUGACUCUAGUGACGUAGAAAUGAAAACUGACUCACUACAUUCUGAGCCUGAAGAUGGUGAACACACAAAUAGUGAAACAGAAGAGGAUAGUUCAAGCACAGAAUCAGAUUCAGCAGCAGAGUCGAAGUCAGAAGAAGAAGAGGAAGAAGAGCACAGAAAUGAGGAAAAGACUGAAAAAGACGAGAAAGAGAAAGAAAGGAUCAAUGACAAAACUAGACCUCCUUCCAAAUCUAAGUCACCUAGUCCCAAUCUCUCCAAGUCUAAACCAGAGUCUUUGCCGUCAUCACACGGGUCACACAGAUCUUUGUCUCGGUCUAAGAGUAGAAGUAGAUCACAUUCCUUUUCACCUCCUCCUCCUGGAGAAAAUGGUAAAAUUACAGAAGAAGAAAAACUGAUUGAAGAUGAUGAAGAAACAAGACAGAGGGAAGAAGCUAUUAAUGCUCUACCUCCAUACUACCCAGCCUUACAGGGGUGUCGGUCAGUUGAGGAAUUUCAAUGCCUCAAUAGAAUUGAAGAAGGUGCAUAUGGAGUAGUUUAUAGAGCACGUGACAAAACUACUGAUGAAAUAGUUGCUCUAAAACGACUUAAAAUGGAAAAAGAGAAGGAAGGAUUCCCCAUCACCUCUCUGCGAGAGAUUAACACUUUGCUUAAGGGCCAGCAUCCGAACAUUGUCACAGUGCGAGAGAUAGUGGUGGGCUCCAACAUGGAUAAGAUUUUCAUUGUUAUGGAUUACGUCGAGCACGACUUAAGAAGUCUCAUGGAGACGAUGCGCGGAAAGAAACAAGUUUUUCUACCCGGUGAGGUGAAAUGUCUUAUGACGCAGUUGUUGAGGGCUGUGCAUCAUCUGCAUGACAAUUGGAUAUUACACAGGGAUCUCAAGACCAGCAAUUUGUUAUUAUCACACAAAGGUGUUUUAAAGGUGGGAGACUUUGGGUUAGCCCGAGAGUAUGGAUCUCCCCUUCGGCAAUAUACCCCGAUCGUGGUAACACUUUGGUACCGCGCGCCUGAGCUUCUACUGUGCUGUAAGGAAUACUCUACACCCAUCGAUAUGUGGAGUGUAGGCUGUAUAUUCGCCGAGUUCAUAAGCAUGAAUCCGCUAUUUCCAGGAAAAUCAGAGGUGGAUCAGUUAAAUAGAAUAUUUAAGGAUUUAGGUACACCUUCUGAGUUGAUUUGGCCCGGUUACAGUGAAUUACCAGCAGUACAAAGAAUGACCUUUGCAGAACAUCCUACUGGUGGGUUACGCCAAAGAAUAGGAGCUGAUCUACUCUCUGAAACUGGCCUAUCUUUACUACAAGGAUUUUUGACAUACAAUCCUGUCAGGAGGGUGACAGCAGACGCCGCUUUAGAUCACGCUUAUUUUAAGGAGCAACCAGUGGCGAUCGAGCCGGCGAUGUUCCCGACGUGGCCGGCCAAAUCCGAGGGCAACCGGCGCAGCACGCACAGCCCGCGGCCGCCUGCGGGAGGCGCGGCCUACGCUCAGUUCGCGCGCGCCGACACGGACGAGGCGCUCGGCUUCCAACUACACCAGCGCUCGCUUAACGUGGCGCCGGGCUUCUCGCUCAAGUUCUAGCAUCGACGACUCGGGCAGCGCUCGAAACGAUAGUUAAUCUUUAGUUACUAAUUUAUACUAUGUAACGAGUUAUCUAGUUACGUAAUAGUCGAGGUCAGCUAGACUACUCCAACAUAGGUACUUCAUAUUUGUUUAGAGUAACUGUUAAAGUACCAUUUCAUCGGAUCUGAUGAGAUGAUUCAAUGAGCCUUCUGAGGCACAAUUGUAGUCCGGAAUGUAGGGAAUAAAAUAUUCUUUACACUUGUGAUGAAUAAAAUAUUUUUUUAAUAUUAUAUAAUAUGUGUUGUGCAAAUCAGAAUUUCAAAAGAAACUGCCAUUUUUAUAAGUAUUCUGUAUAUUGCAAUAAAAUCAUGCGUUACAACAUUUAUGAGAACUUCAAUAUAAAUAAAAAGCUCAUGUAAAUAUUAUAUUGUUACUUAAUGUACUUAUGGAAUACAUUAUUAAUAUUAUCUAGACUUUAAAAACAUUGUGACUUUGCCAUUGUGAAUGUAAAAUAGCAAGGAAUAAUAUUUUUUCAUUAUUGUAAUCAUAUGCAAUAAAUAUGUUUGAGAGUCUAACGCUCAAAAUAUGUAAUGGAUUGAGUACGCAGCGUUCUGCCUUUUGUUGAAUGCACACAACUAAGAUAUUCAACAACAUGUAUUGUGUAGUUACAAGUAACUGUAAAUACCUCUUUAAUUAGUUACACCUCUAUGAAGGUGAAGUUAGUGUAGAAUUACAAUAUGGUACAAUAAAUAUGUGUUUUGAAAACAG